GUUUAACAACAAUUGGAAAUGGAAAAGGUCGUCACUGAAAUUUAAAAUCAAAACUCCAAAAUUCGACACAAUCUCUUCUCUUCUCCCUUUCUGUGUUUUGGAUUUGAUUUUAUUCUGUUUUGAGCUGAGUUUUUGUUGAGGAAGAUGAGUGUGGUGGGUUUUGAUUUCGGUAAUGAGAGCUGCGUUGUUGCAGUUGCGAGGCAAAGAGGGAUUGACGUUGUGCUUAAUGAUGAGUCCAAACGUGAAACGCCUGCUAUUGUGUGCUUUGGUGAGAAGCAACGUUUCAUUGGCACUGCUGGUGCUGCCUGCAGUCUGAUGAACCCUAAGAAUUCAAUAUCAGAGUUUAAGAGACUCAUUGGCAGAAAAUUCUCUGAUCCUGAAUUGCAACGGGAUCUUAAGUCAUUGCCAUUUCUUGUUACCGAGGGGAAUGAUGGGUAUCCGUUGAUUCACGUGCAAUACUUGGGUGAGGCUAAGAAAUUUACACCUACACAAGUGUUUGGUAUGAUGUUGUCGAAUCUUAAGGAAAUUGCAGAGAAGAAUCUCACUACGGCUGUUGUUGAUUGUUGCAUUGGAAUUCCAGUUUAUUUUACUGAUUUGCAGAGGCGGGCGGUGUUGGACGCGGCCACGAUUGUUGGUCUACACCCGCUUCAAUUGAUUCAUGAAAUGACUGCCACUGCUUUGGCGUAUGGGAUUUAUAAAACGGACCUUCCAGAAAACGAUCAACUGAAUGUUGCUUUUGUCGAUGUUGGGCAUGCUAGCAUGCAAGUCUGUAUUGCUGGAUUCAAGAAGGGGCAGUUGAAAGUGUUGGCUCAUUCGUAUGAUAGGUCUUUAGGUGGUAAGGAUUUUGACGAGGUUUUGUUCCAUCACUUUGCUACUAAGUUCAAGGAGGAGUAUAAGAUUGAUGUUUUCCAGAAUGCUAGGGCUUGCUUAAGGUUGAGGGCUGCCUGUGAGAAGAUGAAGAAGAUGCUUAGUGCAAAUAGUGAGGCACCUCUCAACAUUGAGUGUUUGAUGGACGAGAAGGAUGUUCGUGGCUUCAUGAAGCGAGAUGAUUUUGAGCAAUUAAGUCUUCCAAUUUUGGAACGCGUCAGGGGACCUUUGGAUAAGGCACUUGCUGAAGCAAAUCUUACCAUUGAAAAUGUGCAUAUGGUUGAGGUGGUUGGUUCAGGUUCUCGUGUACCCGCCAUAACCAGAAUAUUGACAGAGUUUUUCAAGAAAGAGCCUAGGCGAACAAUGAAUGCUAGUGAGUGUGUUGCCAAGGGUUGUGCUUUGAAAUGUGCAAUUCUUAGUCCCACGUUUAAAGUACGAGAAUUUCAGGUCAAUGAAAGCCUUCCUUUCUCGAUUUCCCUUGCAUGGAAAGGUACUGGUCCAGAUGCACAGGAGAAUGCACCACAAAAUCAGCAGAGUUCUCUUGUUUUUCCCAAGGGUAAUCCCAUACCAAGUAUCAAAGCUCUAACAUUCUACAGGUCAGGAACAUUUUCUAUUGAUGUACAUUAUGGCGAUGUAAGUGAGCUGCAAACACCUACCAAGAUUAGCACAUAUACUAUUGGUCCGUUCCAAACUGCAAAUAGUGAAAGGACAAAAGUGAAAGUGAAAGUUCGUUUGAAUAUUCAUGGAAUUGUAUCUCUGGAGUCCGCCAUGCUCCUGGAAGAAAACGAAGUUGAGGUUCCGAUUACCAAAGAAUCAACAGGGAAAAAUACUAAGCCAAAUAUCAACGAAGCCCCAAUUGAGGCUGCUACACCUCCAGCCUCCGAUGACACUAGUGCAAAUGUGCAAGAUGCAAAAGUUAGUACUGAUGCUUCGGAGGGUGAAAAUGGUGUUCCUCAGAAUGAAGAUAAGCCUCUGCAAACAAAUAUUGAUACCAAGGCUCCAAAGAAAAAGGUUAAAAAAACAAGUAUUUAUGUAUCAGAGUUAGUUUAUGGAGCAAUGGGCUCUUUGCAUGUCCAAAAGGCAAUAGAGAAGGAGUUUGAAAUGGCUUUGCAAGAUCGUGUGAUGGAGGAAACGAAGGACAAGAAAAAUGCAGUUGAGGCUUAUGUUUAUGACAUGAGAAACAAGCUUAAUGACAAAUACCAAGAGUUUGUCAUUGCUUCAGAGAGAGAAGAUUUUACUGCCAAACUCCAGGAAGUGGAAGAUUGGCUUUAUGAUGAGGGUGAAGAUGAAACUAAAGGUGUAUAUAUUGCUAAGCUUGAAACACUAAAAAAGCAAGGUGAUCCAAUUGAAGGACGUUACAAAGAAUACAUGGAGAGGGGUAAUAUGAUUGAGCAAUUCAUGUAUUGUAUAAAUAGUUAUAGAGAAGCUGCAAAGUCGAAGGACCCCAAAUUUGAUCACAUUGACAUUAACGAGAAACAGAAGGUCAUAAAUGAAUGUGUUGAAGCUGAGAAAUGGUUUAUUGAGAAGCAACAACUACAAAGCUCACUUCCAAAAUAUAUCAACCCUGUACUCUUGUCAGCUGAAAUUAGAAAGAAAGCUGAGAUUGUUGAUAGGUUCUGCAAGCCAAUUAUGACAAAACCAAGGCCAACUACUUCCACUGGAUCAGGAGCCCCAUAUUCGCACGGUGAUGAGACGCAACACCCUAGAGGGAAUGCAAAUGCCAGCAGUAACGAAAAUACUGGGGAUAGAAGUAGCCAGGCUGCAUCAGCUUCUCCUGAACCAAUGGAGACUGAUAACUCUGAGAACGGAGACUCUGCAUAAUUUUUGUUGUUGGUUUGCACUCAAGUUCAUGCUCAGACUAAUAGUCUCUAUACCUUUGUGCAAGCAUUUGAGUAAGCAUUGGGCCUGGGAAAGAUGAACUUUGAAAGGUUGACUGUGAAUGACUCCUAACGUUUGGAGUAAGUAUAACCCUCUCGACUGGUUGGUAUCGUAAGUUUUAAUUAAUAUUAUGGUGUUAUUUCAGAAUACAUACUUUUUUCACUAAAAGAGUUUUAAAGAAAAUACGACAACAUGGUAAAGUUACUUUCUCUA